GGAGGGCCAUCUUUUUGCUCGGAGCGCUCUCUCGAACUUCUGGCGCCACAUUCCGUUCUCCAAUCAUCUCCGAAUACAAAUUUAGCAAAGCUUCUUACAGAUUGCCUCUGUUUGCCUCUGCUUUAGUUUUUGGUGAUGCCUCGAACCAGAGUAACAAGAGGAGGAGGUCACACUCGUUGCAGUAUAGGCUAUGGUCUGAAAGUCGAGGACAGACUUGAAGGUGCCCUAAAUUUUACACCAUGGAAGGUUCGUUACAGUUUGUGAAAGAUAAGGAUCUAACUGAACCUUUGGAUAUGGAUGAGCUAAAGCAAUUCAAGAAGUCUACUUUGAAUCAGAAAGUUCAACAACAAUUUCUGCCUGACAAAUUAAAGGCAUCGAUGGGACGAUAGCAAGAAUAAGAUUUUAGAUCAAGUAGGUGAUCAUAAUGAUUACCAUGAAGAAUUGCCAAGGCUACAAAGAAAUCUUAAGAAAUUAAAGAGGAAAGCUUAUAAAGGAUUAAUAUGGGCAUUGAGGAUGGAUCAUCAAAAAAUUAAUUGGGGGCUUGAGUUAGCAAUAGAGGAAAUCAAGAAGGCACUUGAUAUCCCUCAAGAGGAUCAUAAUAAAAUUGUGCAAGAGCUUGAAGAUGAUUUCAGACAGAUUGAAAUAGAAGCUUAUAGAAGGGAAGAAGUUUAUGGAGAUGAUCAUGGAAUGAAUAUAUAUGAGGAUGAAGGUGAAAAUUCAAAAUGUUACAAUCAGAAUAUUGUAGGCAAAUAUGCAUGGAUAAAGUGGGCAGCAGAUGGUAAAUUUAAGAAGGUUCUCAUCAUUGACUAUGAUUUGGAAAAUGGGGCACAUGAACUCUUGCAUGUGGAAGAAAAGUUGUAUGAGUGGUUGAAUUUGAAUGAGCUUCUGACUGAAGAUGUUCUAUGGGAAAGUCCUAAAGAAGAUAAUGAAAAACAUGUGGUUUCACGAGAGGCUAUAUAUCUCUAUGAAACUAGUCAGUUGAUGGAAACGGUGGAACAGGUUUUAAGUGAACCCAUUGAUCCUAAUCUUCUAGAUGAAGCGUUGAAUUGCUUGGAAGAACAAAAGCAUUUCGUUGACAUGGCUCUAGAAACAAUUACCGACAAGAUUGACCAGCUUAGAGAUGGUGGCAAUAAUCCAAGUCCCGAAGAGACAGAUGACUUAUUAGUAGAAGAAGCAAUUGGAGAAGAUGAAGAAGGUGGCGAUAAUGGAAUUAAAGGUGCUCACAAUAAAGGCACUGACGAUUCUGGUGGCGGCAGCUAUGACAGUAGUGCUGAGUGGAGAUAGUAGCAGUAAUUGAAGUGGUAGCGGUGAUUUUUUGUAUAACUCAGAUGAUUAACAAUGACUUUGCAUUGCUUAGAAUAUGAUUUCGCACUGAGUAUUUAUUUGACAUUUCAUGAAAUAUGAUUUCGCAUUGAGCAUUUAUUUAACAUUUAAUGGAAGUUUUGAUUGCUUUUGGCAUAACUUUCUUUGCAAAUUUGGUGGAUCGACUCAAUAGAAAUGUUCUUUCAAGGUAUUUUUUGAAAGGUUGACAUUGCACAUUCUGAAGCCAAUAACAAUCUUACAAUAUUUUUUCUGAAA